AGAUUUGGCACUGGAAGGUUGGCAGCAGUGGCUUAACGCCUCGUUCCGAUCCAGUCACUGCAGCAUACCUAAAUUCCUUUACCCAUAACACACGCGCAUACUGCUAUACGCCGCUGCCGCCAUCCGAUCAAGGUCGAAGGCUCGAGCCUUGGGACGGGAAACGGCCGAGGGGUAUAAGGAUCGACGAAAGCGAAAAAUGGUGUGCCUGGGAGGGGGCGCAGAAAUGAGCUCGAUAUCUCUCCCCAGAUCCAUGAGUGAUCUUGGCGGCGAUGAUGCCGCAGACAUUCCCGACAUCCCAAUGCACAGAGGGCAGAGGAACGGCGCAACCGUGUUCCCAGACACGGUCUCGACGUUGACCUCGGUUCUUCCGGGGAUAAGGAGCUCCAAGCCUGGAGGCGGGCCAAUUAGCCCCAAAGGGAUUGCAUACAUGCAAAGAUCAACGACCCCAGGGCCGGCCCCAGGACCGCUUGGUAGAAUGGUGUCGCCAGAACCCUACGACGAUUCAAUCAUGGACACCGGAACGCCCUACGCCUCGACAUACCAACGCAGCCUGCUGUCUGCCCGGUCAAAGGGCGUGUCCAUUGCCUCAACCUACCUAACCAGCGCCACCUCGCUCGCGGCGCUGCAGACCAAGGCGGCCGACGACGACGAAGCGCUCGAGCCGCUGGCCGAGGAGGAGAUCGAGCCGGGCAGCUUCGACCUCGUGGCGCCGGCGCUGGGCGAGGCGGGCUUAUACUCGCUCGAGCGCCGGUCCGAGCUGCUCUUCUCCAAGGAGCACCUGCGCAAGAUCUUUGACGACUCGAUCCUGCUGCAGCGCUUCACCACUUUCCUGGCGGCCGCGCGCCCGGCGUCGCUGCCGCUGCUCAUCUACUACCUCGACGCGCUCAAGGCGAUGCGCGCGCUGGCCUACGCAAACGCCGUCGUCGAGGCCCUCGGGCCGCUCGACGGGCACGACUUCUCAAAGGAGCAGGUCGCCGCCACGGCUAACCAGUCGCUGGCGACGCGCGCCGAGGCCGCCUUCGAGGCGCUGGCGAGGGACGACAUGCCCGCUUACAUCACGCACGUGUGGAUCCAGACCGUCAGCGUGUCCAUCAAGAAGCGCAUCACCGGCACGCUGCCGCCGCACCUGCGCGAGAUGUCCGAGGGCCUGGCCGAGGUGUUCUGCCUGACGGACCCAUCCAGGCACGACAACCCCAUCGUGUUUGCGUCCGAGGAAUUUCACCGCACAACACAGUACGGUAUGAGCUACGUGCUUGGUAGGAACUGUAGGUUUCUUCAAGGGCCAAAGACGAACCCUAACUCAGUCAAGCGGCUGGCCGAGAAGAUACAUGCCGGAAAAGAGUGCUUCGAGACGUUUUUGAACUACAGGAGAGACGGUUCACCGUUCAUGAACCUUCUCAUGGUGGCUCCCUUGUACGAUAGCCGAGGCGCCGUGCGAUACUUCAUCGGCGCGCAGGUCGACGUGUCGGGCCUCGCCAAGGACUGCGUUGGUCUCGAGUCGCUCCGGCGGCUCGUCGACGAGGACGAGGGCCUGGCCAUGCCCAACGAGGAGCGCAACGCAUCCGCAGCAGCAGUGGUCGCCGCGGCGGUUGCGAACGGCAACAACACCAACGGCGAGGCCACCGAUGGCCAGACGGAGCGCACGGGGUCGCAGGGCUCCGGCGGGUCCGACAGGAAGACGGAGAUCCGCGAGCUGUGCGAGAUGUUCAACCUCCAGGAGGUCGAGACGGUGCGACGGCACGGCGGCAGCAUGCACCGGCUGCAGGCCGAGGAGCUGGUGCAGGCGCCCGAGGACCUGCCGCCGCAGCAGAAUUGGGGCAAGCAGCGCGUGCUGAUCCAAGACGAGGCCUCGUCCGUCGGCAGCGCCGAGCGCGACGACGAGCCCCUCUCUCCCACCGGCGCCGGUGGCGGGCACGAGCACGUCGCCUCUGCCGCCUCGGCUAUCCCGCACGCGGCGGGCGGCGAUGGCGACGACAGCAGCGGCUCGGGCUGCGCGCCGCACCUCAGCGGGCGGCUGACGGGCGUGUACGAGCACUACCUCCUGGUGCGGCCGGCGCCGUCGCUCAAGAUCCUCUUCGCCUCCCCUUCGCUGCGCGUCCCCGGGAUCCUGCAGUCGCACUUCAUGUCCAAGAUCGGCGGCUCCGCCCGCGUGCGCGACGAGCUGACGGCCGCGCUGUCCGACGGCCACGGCGUCACGGCAAAGGUUCGCUGGGUGUCUUCGGUCCGCAACCCGGGCCCCGGCGACGGCCGCCACCGCUGGAUCCACUGCACGCCGCUGCUGGGCGGCAACGGCGCCAUCGGCGUGUGGAUGGUCGUCAUCACCGACGACGACGGCGACGGCGUCGGGGGUGGCGGUGGCGGUCCGCCCAGGAGGCUGGCGCGCGACGCCCCGCCCGUCGACCCGGCGCUGGGCAGCCGCGCCGCGCAGGUCGCGAGCCGCCAGUCGCAUCGUGGAGGAGCGGCGGCGGCGGCGGCGGCGGCGGCACACGCGCGCAAGGCCGCGCUGACGGGGUCCCUGGCCGACGUGCUGAUGGCCGGCCCGCCGCCGCCGGGAGUCCCAGCAAAGAGCAGGGCGCGCGGCGACGGCGAGUCGGCCAUCAGCAGGCGGAGCGGCGUGUCGUCGCAGAGGUCCGACCCGGCGAGGCCGUUCCACACCGCCGCCACGACGAGGUCGAGCUCGCCCUACACGCUCCGUAUCGGGGACCACUGAUGCUAGCGGGGUGCUCGUUGAACCUUCUUUGACCGCCGGGUCUUUUUUUUUACAAGAUAUUUUUGUAAUUUCUGUGCGGAUACCAUGCCAUGAACGGUGAACAAGGGGACUUGGAGGGUUUUCGAUCCGGCCUGUCGGCUUUUCUUUACACCCUGGUCCCCGGCCGUUUGCUUUCUUGUCUU